AUGGAGGACGGAACCACGGAAAUAGGAAAGCACGCGAUGCCGCCGCUGCUCAGGGUUAAAUUGCCAAACAGGCAGGCACGGGAGGAGGGAAAGAGGGGUGCUGUGGACGCCGGCAAGCGCGCUGGAAACUGUGCACAGGGCACUCAGCAUGCGGGGAGAAACCGCCUGUCCAUGAACGUUUCGAGGUCAGAGCAGACAAAACACGCAGCACGGAUUGGCCGGUCGCGAUUGAUCAAAACAAACAAGGAGACGCAGGAGCACUUUUGCGGUAUUAGUCGCCCCUUGCAGUAUGUAUUGUGGUGGCAGUAUGCGGUUUCCUGUUUCGUCGGGUGCCGUUUUAUGCAGUCCCCCCGCAUUGCUCGGUGGCUCUUUCCCCUUUCCCAUAAUACCAUGCUGUACGUUGUGCAUGUAAAAUACUCUGGGCGCCGUUUGACACCUGCAGCCACCCCGGCGAUGUUCACAACGGUAUUCGACGUUGCGAGAAACAUCAGUCCAAAAGCACGAGAGGCGUUGCCCAACUGGUGUCCAGAAGACGAACAAAUACACGACUGCACGGGACAAACAUCUCCGUCAGCGUCGUUGUUGGUGGCGCCUUCCCGUCUGGCAAGUAUACCGCAUUACCCCUCUGUCGUUCUUUCCCUGGGAGCCAUUAUUGUCCCCAUGCUCCUUCCAUCCUUCUGCAUGGCGUGGGGUAUCUUGGUAGCGGUGCACACCACCACGCUACUGCCGCGGCGCCCGCAUGGCGUGCAUUGUAAACUUUCCGCCUGGCCAGGGUUGUGUACCCUUUCGCUCUUUCUCCGCGCGCCUCAAACCGGGGAAAAGCGUAUGUACGACGGACGUCGGAGAAGGCAGCGACCUGUUAGCAACCGUCGCACCUUCCCCCACACGAGCCGAAAAAGCACCAACGCAACCACGCAGGAAAGCGCGGCGGCGGCGUCUCGAGACGACCGAAUUGGGCAAUCAUUCCCCACGACAUGA